GUUUUUCCAAUAAUAUUUUAGAAUGAAUUUCUAUCGCUAUACAUAGCCAUGUAUAGCAUCAUUACUAGAACUUAACUUGUACUAGGAAAAUUUCUCAUAGUAUUAUAAUUGGGGUCUAGCCACUUGUCAAACUUAAUUUCAUGCAAUGUGAAGCUCGAUGACAUUCGAUGCAGAAGAGUUCAGUUCUGGCGAUGGACCCGGUCGCGCAAGCACUGUAACUCAGGAAGUAAUCCGAAUGGCACGGCAGCGACUUUUACUCGUGCACGCAGCAGCUGCAGUCGUGGCCGCCAGAGGUGGACUUCUUCUAUCAGAGGCAGAGCGGUGCUCGCGUGCUGCUCGCCACUGAUUCUCGUGCUCUGCGGCCUCUGCAGAAACGAGAACGGCAUUUGGUCGAUUGACACCGAGAAUUGCCAUCUGCGUGCCUCCCGAUCUCGUCGUAGUCGCAGGGAAUUUGUGGAUCUGCUCGGUUCAGCAUUUGUAGUAUCACGAUGGGGGUCGCUGGAAAGCAGCUGCGUGUGAAGCUGAAUAAUGGCCAGUUCAUGCCCGCAGUAGCAACCGGAACUGCUCCGAUGAAGGAAAUGUCGCCCGAGUUCGUGAUCGAGGCCAUCGAGGUUGGUUACAGACAUUUCGACACCGCCGCCAUGUAUGGAAUCGAGGCAAUUCUGGGCAAAGGUCUUCAACAAGCGUUCACCCAAGGGCUCGUGAAACGGGAGGACAUUUUCGUCACGACGAAGCUCUGGGUCACAGAUCUCAACGCGCCGGACAUCGUUCCCUCGCUGAAGAAAUGCCUCAGUGCGCUGCAGCUCGAGUACGUGGACAUGUUCGUGCCGCACUGGCCCGUGAGAAUCCGCCCCGGAUCGAUGUGGUUUCAGCUGGCACCGGAAGAUUUCUUGCCGCUCGACUUGCCAGCGUGCUGGAAGGCCUUCGAAGAGUGUGUGCAUCUCGGAUUGACGAAAGGCAUCGGAGCGGGCAACUGCGGCAUUAAGAACCUCAAGUUACUCAUGGCCGACGCCACCAUUCCGCCUGCAAUCAAUCAGAUAGAGCGCCAUCCGGGUCACGAGCGACGGGAGAUUGUAGAAUUCUGCCAGAAACACGGAAUCCACGUUCAAGGCUGGGCGGCGUUAGGAGCUCCGAAUUACGGCGUUCUGCCACUCGGAGCAUACGGCACGAACGUCGUCCUCGAGAGCCCGAUCCUGAUCAAAAUUGGAGCCAAGUACGGCAAAACGAGCGCCCAGGUGGCUCUGAGGUGGAAUUUGGACCAAGGCUGCAGCGUGGUGGUCAGGAGCACGAAGCGCGAGAGGAUGGCGCAAAAUCUCGACCUCUUCGACUUCUCGCUCACGCCCCAAGAGCUCGUCGACAUUCGAGGCGUCGAGCCCAACAUCAUCGAUCCCGGAACGUUCUUCGUCUCCGCCGGCAGUCCUUACAAGACGCCGGCAGACAUGUGGGCCGAAGACUGACUGACAUUCCGGCGACCGCGAGAGUUCGAACCAUCCCGAGCCGGCCGGUGCGCUUCCUACCACGUAGCAGAGGCACGCACACUUGUCACCAACCGAGUUGAGAACGCGGUUGCUCCGCACCAUCGCCCCAGUACAUAGCAAGGUGACGGAUUCCGCGAGCCCUCCACACAAACCUUCGCCUCAUCGGAAGGGAAGGGGAGAUGUUUUCGUCAGAGAUCAUCGGCAUCUCUAUUGAUACGAUAUUGUUAUCCUGGAUUCAUACCAUGCCAGGCAUUCUUCGAGCCCGUUGCUCCAGCAAGAAUAUGUUUAUUGCGUCACACUGUGAUUUCUAGUCAUGUAAACUAGGCACUGGAACUACUUCCAGGAGUUUAAUGAAUUGGGUUGCAAGGCGGUGCGUCUCACCAGGGAGAAAUUGCUGGUAAGAUUUUGGGUCAAUGAAGUUGAUGACACUGACAAACUUUGUUUCCAUCGCGAUUAUGAUUUCGUGAGUGGCAGGAUAUGGUUUUCUUACUACCCAAUGAUGAAGAAAGAAAGGUCAUGCAGGUUGAGAGAUCUCGAGGUGAGUGGGUCAUGAUAUGGAAGAUAAGUUACUUUCUAUCUCAUGCAUAUAAUGAAGUCAACAUCAACGUUAUCAACAAAUUUAUGAAAACCUGAAUCUGUGAAGACUGAAAAUCUCGAGAGUUCUUUUGUAAGUGAAGAAGAUACUCAGUACUAUUCCGUCAAGUGGUAAUUGGUGGUAUUUAAGUUUACAUCUUUUUCAAGGUUCUGCUCAUGUGAUAGAUACCUCCACUUAUAUUUUCCAGGGUUGAGUCAGAGUCAUCGUACACAAGCAAUUUGACUUUCUAAUUCUACAAUAAACUGGAAACUCGAAUUAGGCACUGAUUGUCGGGUCCGAAAGAAAAUUGAGGUAAUUUAUAUCUGUCAUUUUCUGAUUACUUAGCAUGUAAGUAUGAAUCUUGCCACAAAUCUAAUGACUCUUUGUGUGUUUAGAUGCGUGUUGAUCAUGAUAUGCGACUGGUGCUCGUCUCUUUGAUUUGACUGUCUCGACAAACAUAUGCAUGAUCAUGAAGAUUUUAUAACAAUUUACCGUCUUCAGGUUUGUGUUGGUAGAUGCUGUGUGGACUCACAGAGGUAGGCUUUCUUAUAUGACAACAAACAGAUGGCACAUUUCAUUUCAGGUUUGUGUUGGGAGAUGUUGUAAGGACUCGUGGGUAGUUUUCCUUAUGUGACAACAACCAGAUGGCACAUUUCAUUUCAGGUUUGUGUUGGGAGAUGUUCUAAGGACUCGCGGGUAGUUUUCCUUAUGUGACAACAAUCAGAUGGCACAUCUCAAUCCAUCGUGCGCUCUUAUGUGAAACGAAUGACUACAUCUGAGAUGGAUUUCGGAAGUGUAGAAUCUUCCAACAAUGUCAAUUUCAUUUGAUCGUGUGCUCUUUUGGAGAAACGAAUAACUACAUCUUUGAUGGAUUUCGGAAGUUUAGAAUCUUCGAACAAUGUCGAUAGGUUCAUGACAUGACCACAUUAUUUUCUCAUCAUAUGAAUGUUUUCACUUAUUCCUGAACUUGGA